GUGGGACCGUCCGUGCAGCAGACGCCAGGAUGCCCCAGGGCUGUGGCUGACCGGCCGUCCAGUCGCAGCACGGCCCAGGCCCGCAUGCCGCCGCCCAACGAGGACCGCUCCCAGAGGGCUACCUGGGGCCCCGCGCCCGUUGUCUCCUGACCAACCAGGAGCCCCCAAGCAGCCCGGUUCCGCCUGGCCGCCCUGGGGGCGGAAGCGCCACAAGGCGGUGGAGGGACCCUGGGGAAGGGGCUUCGCGGCUGGCUGGAAACAUUUUCCCCAAGAGGUUACGCAAAAUGACCAGCUUGUUCCGCCGGAGCAGCAGCAGCGGCGGGGGCGGCACGGCCGGGGCGCGCGGGGCUGAGGCCGGGGGCGGCGGGGCCGCUGCAGCCCCGCAGGAGCUCAACAACAGCCGGCCGGCCCGCCAGGUGCGCCGCCUGGAGUUCAACCAGGCCAUGGACGACUUCAAGACCAUGUUUCCCAACAUGGAUUACGACAUCAUCGAGUGCGUGCUGCGUGCCAACAGCGGCGCGGUGGAUGCCACCAUUGACCAGCUGCUGCAGAUGAACCUGGAGGGGGGUGGCGGCGGCGUCUAUGAGGAUAGCUCCGACUCUGAGGACAGCAUCCCCCCUGAGAUCUUGGAAAGGACUUUGGAACCUGAUAGCUCUGAUGAAGAGCCCCCACCUGUGUACUCCCCACCAGCCUACCACAUGCACAUGUUUGACCGACCUUACCCUCUGGCUCCCCCCACACCACCUCCCCGGAUUGACGUGCUAGGCUCUGGACCUCCUCCAAGCCAGAGACGCUAUCGGAACUGGAACCCACCACUGCUGGGCAACCUCCCUGAGGAUUUCCUCCGCAUCCUGCCCCAGCAGCUAGACAGCAUGCAGGGUAACCCCGGGGGCCCCAAGCCUGUGAGCGGAGAGGGAGGCCUGCCUGCCACAGCUGGUCCUGGGCCCCGAGACCAGGAGAGCCGCUGGAAGCAGUAUCUGGAGGACGAGAGGAUUGCACUCUUCCUGCAGAACGAGGAGUUCAUGAAGGAGCUGCAGCGGAACCGUGACUUCCUCCUCGCCCUGGAGAGAGAUCGAUUGAAAUACGAGUCCCAGAAAUCCAGGUCCAGCAGUGUGGCUGUCGGAAAUGACCUCAGCUUUCCCUCUCCUGUGCCAGGAACUGGUGAUGCCAACCCCACCGUGUCUGAAGAUGCCUUAUUCAGGGACAAGCUGAAACACAUGGGAAAGUCCACUAGAAGGAAGCUGUUUGAACUCGCCCGAGCCUUCUCUGAGAAGACCAAAAUGAGGAAGUCAAAGAGGAAACACUUGUUGAAGCAUCAGUCGCUAGGUGCUGCUGCGUCCACAGCCAAUCUCCUGGAUGAUGUGGAGGGCCACACUUGCGAUGAAGACUUCCGUGGAAGGCGGCAGGAGACCCCCAAGGUGGAGGAAGCCCUGAGAGAAGGACAGUAAGAGGUGCCAGCAGCUCCUCUCGGGAGAUGAUGUGACCCCAUGGGGGCAGCCAGAGAGCAACACUGGCCCCCAUCUGAAGGGCCCAGCUGCAGCCAGAGAGAUGGUGCUUGAGAUCUGAGGCCUAGUGGUCCUCCGGCCACAGUCCAGCACAGCCACUGCCAUUUUCCUUGGGACUUACAGCUUCAGAGUUGCCAUCCUGCGAGAUCAGAGGAAGGAUCUGGAGCUAGAGGCAGCAGCCAAUCACAGCCCCUUUCUAGUCAGGCUUCCCUUUGGGCAAUGAGUGAAAAUGCAGGAAAAUGACCCCUCUUCUGAAAAAAAAUCCAGAAAACUGGCAAAAGUUGGAGUAUGGCAAAGGGCAAGAUGACCCCUACCAGAGGCUCUGGUCUCCCCCCCUUCCCCAUCUCUCCUGCUGCAGACUUUG